AUGGCCUACUUCAUUGAUGGCAAAGAUUGUAUGAUCACAGAAUGGGUCUUCUUGAUCAUUGCCUUCGCUUUUGUUGCUCUGCGUAUCUACGCGCAUGUUUUCUACCUCCACAAGAAACUAAGCUGGUCAGAGAUACUGUUGAUCGCCUCUGUCCUUGAUGCCUUGGGCUUGAUUAUCUGCGAUACACUCACUUUCCAGAUGGGCGUUUUAGACAACUACAAGACUUCAGAAAGGUUGUCGAAGACUUCGUUCGUCUCGAAUUACUUCUACGACUUUGGGCUAGGUUUGCCCAAACUCAGCAUGUUGGCUUUCUACUGGACCUUCUUCGAUCUCAGCCGCCACCGAACGACGCAGAAACUGUUGAUCUUGAUGACUGCCUUUGUCGUGGCCUGUUAUUUGACAAGCCUAUUCGAUGACACAUUUUUCUGUGGCAAAGAUGUUUCUGUGCAGUGGUCUCAAGAAAAGGGCGCGUGCUCAGUGUUUUAUGCUCAGGAGCCUUUCAUCCUAAACUUCACGCUUGGCCUGACUUGCUACCUGGUCAUAUACAUGCUCCCCGUGACCCUCCUUAUUCAAGGUAUUCUUGAGACCUCUACUGCAGUCGUCUUGACACUUGUUAUGGGAAUGCUUCCUAUUGUCACAGGCAUUGUUCGCUUUAUCUGCCUAAAAAUUGGAACAGGUCAAGAGAACCUUGUCUAUAUCCUCAGUAUGGUCGAGCUAUCCCUUGCCAUCAUCGUCGCUUCCUUGCCUGAGCUGAAGGUGCUUUUACCCAGGAAUUUCACAGCCAUAAAGAUGGGUUCGACAGCGACCUUAGACCUUAGAGAGAACAUUAAGCUAGUAGAGUUAAGCACAGAACGAAAGGAUGCCACCAGACAAGUGUAA